AUGUACGCGGCCAAAUUUCAGCGGAAUCCUGUUGUCGAGUUCUUGCUAUCAACAGGCCAGGUGCAGGUCGACUUUGAUCUGAGAAAGCUGAGCAAGGGACCUCGCUCAUUAAAUCAACAAAACCCAACAUUGGAUCAGUCUCUUGUUGAGGUUAUCGAUGCCUACAAAAGAGACAAUGCAUCGCCGAAAUCAGGUCUGCUUCUGAAAGGACAAAAGCCAAUGUUUCUGAUAGUUUUGUGCCCUCCGCCUCCUUAG